GAGCGGGGAAUACCCCGGGAAACGUGACGUCAGCACCACAAUACAGUUAGAAGUUUAUGCGCAACAGCCGGAAAGACCGACGAACAGGUAGACAUGGUGUCAUUCGGAAAGGACGAGUCUGUUUGCGAAACCGAUUCUCAAAGAAGACUCACACCGCCUCCGCAAAUCUCUCGGCACAGGAAGCAGAGAUUCAUGUCCAGACUGGGGGAUUCUGGAUUCGAGGACGAUCUGGUUUCCUCUCCCAUUACGCUACGUUCUCAAACAAAUGCACCUCACCUGGGCUCAGAAGUACCAGAGUCCGCUGAUGGACAGCUGUCCAACUGGUACCUGCAGUACGGAGACGUCGGUUUCAGGAUCCAGAGGGAGAAAGAGUCGCAGUUUCAUCCCUGCCUAAGCCUGGCACAUCAACCUCAACUGACUGCAGAUGCACGUUGUAAGCUGGUCAGCUGGCUCAUCCCUGUCCAUAAACACUUCCGUCUGUCCUUUGAAUGCUGCUGCCUGACUGUGAACAUCAUGGACAGAUUCCUGGCAUCCACUCCAGUGGCCACAGACUGCUUCCAGCUCCUGGGUGUAACUGCACUUCUCUUAGCCAGUAAACAGGUAGAGGUGCGCUAUCCAUCAGUCAGCUAUCUCUUGUCUCUGUGCUGCGAUGCUUUCACUAAGGAGCAGUUCUGCAACCUGGAGUGUCUCGUCCUCCUCCGCCUUAACUUCCGCCUUGCUGCACCCACCCUGGCCUUCUUCCUGGACUAUUUUGGCAACCUCGCCGAGGCAGCCCAGCUUGUGACUAAGAACAACAGCAGUGAUAGAUUUUCAGGAGUGACUUCAGAGAUAGUAAAGAUCAGAAAGUGCAGUAAGCUUGCACAAAAAGUAUGUGAGUUGACUCUAGCAGACUAUGCUUUCAAUAAAUACCCACCAUCUCUGACCGCUUGCUGUGCCCUCAGAUUUGCCUGUGAAUUACUGAAAACUGAACACACUUUUGCAGGGCAGGCAGCCAUAGUAUUGGCAGAAGACAAAUGGGACCAUCUCAGAGAUGAUCUAUGUACGCAGUCAGUUUGUAUCCAGUCAUGUGAAAAUGCUGCAUUUAGUCCCGGGAAGUGUUUGAUAGUGGAGGUGUCUCCAGGUCAGGACAACAGUCUGGCACAGGAAUGCAAAGACAACCUAAAGCUGUUGGUGUCUCUGAAUCAGGAGACUCUAAAGGUGAUGUCAGUGAUGUAACACAUCACAUUUUCCAAGGCUAAAAAAGCCAAAUUCUAGUCUUUUAGUUUAGAUUACUAGGAGCAAAGAAUAAUUAUUUGGUUUCAUAGACCUGAACUGCAUAAAUACCUCAUGAACAGUCAUGUUUGCAACCACUAAAGGUUUACUUGGUAUUAUAUUUUUAUUUAUUUGUGUGUGUUACUAAUAUAUUGUAGAAGGGAAAAAAAUCUGUAACCUCUUUAAUGAGGGAUUUGGAACCUCUGCAUGUUAUUUAUUGACUGUUUUAAGUAAUAAAGUGUAUGAAAAAAA